UGAAGACCAGUGACCAGAGAAGGAAAACCAUGGGUGCUGAUUCCAAGGAUUCCCUGAAGAGUUCCCUGCUGCAGCUAAAAUGUUAUUUCACAUGGUCUUUGCUGAAGCAAGAUGUGGAACUUGAUGAUCUAGAGGAGAAGAUAGACCACCAGGUUGAAUUUUUCACAAAGUCCAGGCUCACCAUUUAUAACCUGCUCUCCUAUAUAUGUCACCUGAAUAAUUCAAAGGAGAAAGCCCUGGCAAACCUCCAAAAAGCUGAAGAAGAAGUGAAAAGACAUCACCCAGAUGAAAUUGCCAGGAGAAGCCUUGUCACCUGGGGGAACUAUGCCUGGAUCUAUUACCACAUGGGGAGGUAUGAGGAAGCUCAAUUGUACGUAAGCAAAGUGGAAAACAGCUGCAAAAAGCUUCCAGGAGCUUCUCGCUGGAAGGCUCAGCUUCCUGAGAUCUAUGCUGAGGAAGGAUGGGCACUCUUGAAGUUUGGAAAAAAAUACUAUGAGAGAGCAAGGACUUGCUUUGAAAAUGCUCUGCAGGGUGAACCAAACAACCUGGAGUUCAGUGCUGGCUAUGCAAUCACAGUGUACCGCUUGGAAAGCCCUUUCAAGAGUCACAGCCAGGCCCUCAGGCUCCUGAAGCGUGCAGCAGAACUGGACCCAGAGAACACUUUCAUUGUGGUCUUACUUGCAUUAAAACUUCAGGAUGUGAAGAGGACUGAGGAAGGGGAGAGGUACAUUGAGGAAGCACUGAAGCAAACUCCUGCUGUGCCUUACACCCUGCGGUACGCUGCCAAGUUCUACAGAAGGAAAGGAGAAGUGGACAAGGCAGUGGAGCUUCUGAGAAAGGCCCUUGCAGUGACACCAAACCCUGCCAUCCUGCAUCACCAGCUGGCAGUCUGCUACAGAUCAGAGCUGGCUCAGCUGAGAGAGGCUGUGAGACACCCACCUGAAGAGCAAGUGGAUAAACUCAUCCAGCUUUCCAUCUCCCAUUUUAAAACAGCCGUAGAAAAAAACCCCAAAUUUUUUUAUAGCCACAUUGACCUGGCAAAGAUGUAUAUAGAAGCAAACAGGUAUGAAGAAGCAGAAGAGACCUUCCAGAAAGCAUUUCAGAUAAAUAUUCUAUCUCAUGGUGACAAACAAGAACUCCACUACUUCUAUGGGAAUUUUAAGUACUUUCAGAUGAAAGAAGAAUCUGAAGCCAUUGAGCACUACCUAGAAGGGCUGAAAAGCAGAAAAGGUUAUUACUACUUUGCCAAGUGCAAAAAUGCUCUGAGGAUGCUGUUAGAGCAGAGAAUUCAGGGUGGUUCAACAGAUGCAGCAGAUUUUGGCAGACUUGGACUUGUGCAUCAUCUCUGUGGUGAGACACAUCAAGCAAUUCAGUGCUAUGAGCAAGCCCUUGCACUGCAACCUGACCACCAAGACUAUUUGAGUGCUUUAUGUGAGCUACGACUUUCCAUCUCCAGCUAAAACUCCCCCAAAUCCUUCAUGCUUCCAAAAUCCCAACAGUAAAACCCAAGACACUGAAACAGAUACUCCAAGGCUUUUAGUUUUGUAGAUGUGAUGAUUGCCCAUCAAUUUUUUUGUUGUUGUUUUCAUUCAGUACCAGAAAGCAUGCUUGGAAAGACUGAAGAACAGCUAAGCUAUCUUCAUCUUCAAUGCUAGCACUGCUCUAGAGCUUGUGUUUAAGUGGUUAUCUGCAGAACAAUUCUAAGUUGUGAACAUAAGGAAAAAAAAUGUUUUCCCUGGGAGGGUGACAAAACACUGGCACAGGCUGCCCAGAGAG